GACAGCAACGAUGGCAGACGCGCUUGCACUUGAACAGCUUGUAAGAGAGAAGCUCGACGAGCGGCCGCGACCGGACGUGAAAGUUGAGAGGUUCGACAGCGGCGGCGCCAACUACACCUCUGCACUAUUCAAAAUACUCGUCUCGAGAAGCGGAUGGGACGAUUUGCAUCUGUUUGCGAAGGUUGCCUCCUUCAGCGAGGCAAUGAGGACGAAGGUGAAUGCCGAUUGGAUCUAUACCAACGAGCAGUUCGUCUACACGAGAAUAGUUAAGAUCUACGACGAGCUCCAACAGAGCUACGACAUCCCGCUGGAACAUCGGUUUCUCUUCCCCAAAUACUUCGGCCACAGCUCGACGCACGGCCACGAGGCGAUUGUGACCGACGACCUGAGUGUGCUGGGAUAUAAAUCAUACGACAGACUCGCCUCCAUGGACUGGGAGUACGCUUCCAAGUCGGUAGAAACUCUGGCCAAGUUUCAUGCAUUGUCUAUGGUAUUUGCACAUGAACAACCCGAAGAAUUCGAGAAGAUAGCAGCGGAGAUGCAGUAUGGUAUCGGUGUGAGCGGGGAUGAGGCAGCAAAGGACAUUUAUGUGAAGGUGGUGGAAAGUUCUUUAGCGACGCUGCCUGAGGAUUGCAGAGACAGAGUGAGGAAGGUAGUCUACAGCGAGGACGUGAUGAAGUAUCAUAACAAGCCAGUGAAAAAAGUCGUUCUGGCGCACGGCGACUUUAGACUCAGCAAUUUGCUGUUUAAAAAAAAGGAGGAAGGUCUACUGGUACGCACUGUUGACUACCAGAUGAUGCACGCCGGGUGUGCGCUCGCAGACCUCAUAUACUUCAUUACCGUGGGUUCAGACAAGCAGUUCCGAGAGAAAUACUUCUACAAACUCAUAGACUUUUACCGGCAGCAGUUGCAACUUGCGCUCUCAAGGUUUUCUCUUGACAUUGAAGACGUAUAUCCCAAGACGAUGUUUGACGAAGAACUGUCUGUGAUUCUGUCCCACGUUGUUGUGAUCGGCGUGAUGAUAUUGCCAUCAGUGAUAGCGGAUGUAGACGAUGCCCCUAAGGCGGGCAGUAACUUCGACGUCUUCGAGUCGAUGGUUAAACCUGGUCGGCUGUAUACGGAGCGAUUUAACGAACUCAUCCAGGACUGUAUUGACUGGGGCGUUGUAUGACUUACGCUGAUACGAUAGAGUUGGAAAUUAUCUAGGGCUAACAUCUUAUCUUGUUUAGUUG